UAAAUUAAAAUUCUUAACUAAUAAAAUUUUAGUAAAAAUAAUGAUGAAGAGCUAUAUUUUCAUACCAUUAAUACUAGUAGCAGCUCUGAUUGCUGUUGGCACUGGAAUUUACAGUAACAAUUCCCGUAACCUAAAGAUUGAAAAUGAUGACGAGAGCUUGUAAGGAUUCAUUCCUCCCUUAUAGAAUGGUCCUAUACCUUUAAGUGGAAAUUAUUAUGUUUCCACUUUUGAACAACUAAAUGCUACUCAUUACAAUAUUUACGUUAAUUAUUAUGGCAGCGAAGCUUAUUAUGCAAUGGGCAAAAAUAAAUUAAUUACAAACUUGUUAGUCUAAAUUGUCAUCAAUGAUAAAAACUAGCUAGGUAUUAAAAUUUCUGAUAGAGUUUAUCGUCGUUUUGAAGUUCCUUAUAACAACUUAUACCCUCACGAUAAAGUUUUCAACUUCCCUGCAGAUAACAACUUUGAUAUUUCUAUCCCUAAAUCUGGUGAAAAAUUCUCUUUGACAAUUAAGCGCAAAGAUACUGGUGAAGUAGUAUUUGAUACAACUAACAAGUUCUUCGUUUUUUCUGAUCUUUAUCAUUACAUUUCAAUCGAUAUGAAGGACGAAUAUAUCUAUGGUUUAGGUGAAAGAAGAAACAAAUAAUUCGUAUAUACUAGUGGAAAAUACACCUUUUUAAAUAAGGACUAGUAUAUGGAAAUAUCUGAUGGAUAACCUGAUUAACAAACAUAUGGUACUCAUCCUAUGUAUCUUCGUAGAGAACAAAGUGGAAACUUCCAUAUUGUUUUCUUGCGAAACUAUAAUUCUAUCUAAGCUUAAUACACAAAGAAUCAAGAGUUGGCUUUCAUGGUUGUUGGUGGUCUCUUAGAAUUUAAAAUCUUUUUGGGAGACAAAAAUCCUGAAACUUCAUUACUUCAAUAUCAUGAAUAUAUCAAUGGUUUUUCACUACAUCCUUUCUGGUCUCACGGCUACCACUAAUGCAGAUGGGGAUAUAACACAAGUGAAAAAAUGAUUGAUGUUUGGAAUAAAUUCAAUUAAUUGGAUUUACCUAUUGACACUAUUUGGUCAGAUAUCGAUUACAUGAACGAAUUAACUGACUUCACUAUUGAUACUUCCCGUUACGACAUUACUGAAAUGAACAAAAUGUUAAACAGAGAAGUUCCAGAAGGUUUGCAUUGGGUUCCUAUUAUUGAUGCUGGUAUUGCUAUUGGUGAUGUAUCUAACGAAAGAGGUAAAGAAUUAGGUGUUUAUCAAAAGUCUAAUAAGACUGGUGAAGAUUUAAUUGGUUGUGUUUGGCCAGGUAAAGUUAAUUAUCCUGACUUCAACCAUCCUAAAUCUUACGAAUUUUGGGCUGAAGGCUUAAUGAAUUUAACUAAAAAUUAUGGUAUUACUCCUAGUGGUUUUUGGAUUGACAUGAAUGAGUUUUCAAAUUUCAUUAAUGGUGAAAUUUCUGAUGAUGAAGUUUGCAUUAUGCCUAAUGAUCCUAAUGCUCCUAUUCAUGAAAUUUACCUUGGUAUUAGAGUUGAAGAUUCCUAUACAAAAAUUCCAUUUUUCGUUGGAGGUAGUGACCAUCCCUUAUAAGAAAAGACUAUGAGUUACGAUGCUCCCAAAUAUAACUCCCCUGAUGCUUAAACUGUUUAUUUCCCUAACUAUAACUUAAGGGAGUUCGACUUCCAUAACUUAAAUGGUUUCAGUGAAGGUAUUGCCACUAACUAUGCCUUAAAAAAAAUGGGCAAUAAAUUACCUUUCAUCAUAUCAAGAUCUCAAAUAGCUGGUUCUGGUUAAUUUGUCUAACACUGGACAGGUGAUAAUGGUGCUAAUUGGGACUUCUUAAAAUACUCUUUAAGUGAAAUUUUCAAUUACAAUUUAUAUGGUAUUCCAAUGACAGGUGUUGAUAUUUGUGGAUUUGCUAUGAAUACAACUGCUGAACUUUGUGCUCGUUGGAUGUAAGUAGGUGCUUUCUACCCCUUCAGUAGAAAUCACAAUGCUAACGACACUAUCUCUCAAGAGCCCUAUGCAUUCUAGGAAGAUUACGUUCUCACAUCAAGCAAAAAAUCUCUCAAGUUAAGAUAUGCAUUAUUAAAAUAAUAUUAUGCUUAUUUCAUUCUUUCUAACGGUGUUGGAUCUAUCUUCCGUCCUUCAUUCUUUAAUUUCCCUGAUGAUGAAAACCUCUUAACCAAUGAUUAGUAGUUUAUGAUAGCUGACUCUCUUUUGGGAUAACCUGUUUUAGCCUAAUCUUAAAACCCUGAUCAAAAAACUACUACUAUCGAAUAUUACUUCCCUAAAGGAGGAGCUUUCUAUGAUUUCAUCAGUGACCUUUCUAAUCCAGAUACUUAAAGAUACACAAGUGGUGACAAUGGCAAUAUCAAAACUGUUAAGUUCGAUGAUAUAAUGCCUCUUUACAUAAGAGAAGGUUACAUUGUAUUCACUCAAUUAACUAAUACCCCAAAUAGAGCUAGAUUGUUAAAUAGCAAUUUUGAAAUUCAUGUUGCUUUUGAGAAGUAAUAAGAUAAUGUAUACUUUGCACAAGGUAAAUUUGUAGCCCUCCAAGACUACUCAGAUGAUAGUUUAAUUAAUAAAUGUAUUGGAGAUAAUAACUGUGGUUUUGGUAUAAAAAUAACUGGUAUUGUUGAAAACAAUAAUUUAUAAUUAUCAAUAUAAAUUGAAGGUUAAACUAACAAAACUAACUUUGAAUCUAUAUUAGUUACUAAGAUUAUUCCUUAUGCUAUUGAUCUUAAGUUUGAUUCUUCCACAAGUGUCUUUGAAAUAAAAUAAAGUGGAAUAAUUGAAAGUUCAAUUCCUCUAAAAACUGCUGAGUAAUUUUGAAGAAAAAAUAUCUUCAUUAUUGACUUCUUCGUUUUGAAUGAUAUAUUUUAUUAAAAAUAAUUAUCUUAUAGUUCAUUCAUUCUUAUAUGUAAUAAAUUUUUUAGUAAAGUAAAUUUAUUAAAUAAAUAUUGAAAAAUGUUAAAAAA